CCUUCCUUCCUCACCUUGCCACCCCUUCCACAGCCGCAAUGGGUUACUCUUCGUCAUACUCGUCAUCCUCGUCGCUGACAGACUCACUCAGCGCACCCAUACGCAGCUUCUUUGCCUCUCUCGACGACCCAGCCAUCCCAUGGAAGACACUCGUCCUCUACCUCGUACUCGCAGUGUACUCCUUUGAGACCUACCUCUCCCUGCGACAGUACAAGGUAUACUCCUACGCUGCGCCCCCCGCAUCCCUCGCAAGACAUGUUGACCUUGACACGUUCAAAAAGUCGCAGCGCUACGGUAGAGACAAGGCUAGAUUUGGCUUCGUCGUAGGAGCGUGGGGCUUGAUCAAUAGUCUGGCCGUGAUUCACUUUGACCUCCUGCCUCUGGUAUGGACAUGGUCAGGCAUCGCGCUCCAGAAGAUGGGAAGGGCGCCCUCGGAGAUCCCCCAGUCGAUCAUCUUUACCUUCCUCUUCUCCGGUAUCCGUGCCACCCUCGAUCUUCCCUUCUCUUACUACUCCCACUUUGUCCUCGAGGAGAAGCAUGGGUUCAACAAGAUGACUCGCUCCACCUUUGUCCUCGACUUUGUCAAGGGCCUCGGCAUCGGCGCAGUCUUCCUCAGCCCUCUCAUCGCGGGCCUCAUCGCCAUUAUCCGCUGGGCAGGAACAGAUGGCUUCGUCUCCUGGGUCCUGAUGUUCAUCCUGGGCUUCCAGAUUCUCGCUCAAGUCCUUUACCCGACUGUCAUCCAGCCCCUGUUCAACAAGCUCCAGCCUCUGGAGGAAGGCCCCCUCAAAUCCCGCGUAGUCUCCCUCGCAAAUUCGAUGCGUUUCCCUCUAGCCAAGAUCUAUCAGAUUGAUGGCUCAAAGCGCUCUGCGCACAGCAACGCCUACUUCUUCGGCGUCCUGCCUUGGGCCAACAAGCACAUCGUCAUCUUCGACACGCUCAUCGCCAAGUCCACCUGCUCCGAGAUCGAAGCAGUCAUUUGCCACGAGCUGGGACACUGGAAACAUCGCGACCCCACGAAGCUCCUGCUCAUUGCCCAGGCGCAGGUGGCCCUGACCUUUGGCGUCUUUGCUGGCUUCAUCGGCAACGUCUCCCUUUUCCGCUCCUUUGGCUUCAACGUCUCCACGACGCAGGGCUACCUGCCCAUCAUCAUCGGACUAGAGCUGUUCCAGAUGGUCCUCGCUGCCCUCGAUGUCGUACUGCAAUUCGCCAUGAACAGCGCAGUGAGAUCGAUGGAGUACGCCGCGGACGAAUUCGCCGCCAAUUUGGACAGGCCGGCCUUUAGCGAGGAGCAGAUUGAGGGACUAUCUCAGGCAGCAGCAGCCAAAGAGUCGAAGAAGAAGGAUGCAAAGGCAGAGGCAGGGGCGGGAGCAGGAGCGCAGCAGAACGGUGCAGCAUCAUCCGAAGAUCCAGACGUUCCUCUUCGUCUUGAGCUCGAGCAAGUGGGACAACCCUACGAUGAGCUCCUGGCAAAGGCUCUCAUCAAGCUUCAUGUGCAGAACCUCUCCACGAUGCACUAUGAUGCCCUCUAUUCUGCCUAUCACCACUCGCACCCCACGCUUCCGGAGAGGUUGGCGGCACUGCAGCGGAUCAGGGAGAAGAGGGAGAAGGGUGCCGGAACAGGGGUGGAGGGGAAGAAGAACAUCUAGAGAAGAGAGGAAAUAGGAGAAGGGGUUGAGGAGCGAUGGGUGGUCAGUGAUCAGAGGGAGUUGCGCGGGAAAGUAGAGUAGAUUUGACAGUGUCACUAGCAGUAGCAUGAUCAUCGUAGACGUAGAUAAUGUUCAUUCUUUUGCCUCGCCCGC